UAAAAUACUCCUGCAGGGAAUAGAACACCGGUCGUCUAGCCUGCAACCAGUUAUUUUAUCGAGUUCAUCAUGAGUAAGGAAGGAUGCACUGAAACUGCAGCUCUGACAGCGGUCGACUACCGAGAGCACGUUACACGCCAGUCAGCCAACCAGACGAGAGCUUUCUAGUCAGCUACUCGGCUCUUCUUCCACAGUCGUGUGGUCACCUGCUAUCCGACCGCUUCGUGAUGCUCUGGUGUUCAUUUUCCCAGAUCAGAGAGCUUUAAGAGACAUAGACACUCGUUCGUUUGUAUGUGUUCUGUGGACGUAGUGGUGUGAAGUGUUGUUGAUCUUACUAACGGUUCUUCUAACCUGUUGUGAUACACGUGUUAUAGGCUGCAGUCCUAUAAACAUUAUACAUGUGCUAUUCACCUUAAAAGUUGUGCACGCAAUGAGGCUUGGAAAAUAUCUCCUGUAAUCUACGCACAUAUUUGCAGAUCAUAAGGUCAUCAGAAUCCGGGCCCUGCACAUGACGAAGCUGGUUGCGUUUGUUUCGUUCUGUCGCCUUCGGAAUGACUGGAUCCUAUUCACCUAGCGGAACCUCAUAAACCAGAGGGAUAUUGGUGUGUACUCGAUGCAGCUGCUUAUCUCACACGAUGACGCCGAUAACGAACUGCAAGCAUCUCGUCUUCAAGCUUCUUGUUGCGUCUGUGCUCCUUAAACUCGUGGAAGGUUGUCAGUUCUAUCCAGCAGGCGAGUACCUGAGGUUUGUUCGGGUGCCAGAAAAUGUACCUGUUGGGGGCGAGGUUCUUCAGGUCGAGGUACAUCCUCGACAAAAUCUUAGUAUCCAACCAGUUGAUAAGGUGGAAGAUGUGAGCUACUUCAAGUACCAGGAUGUGAGCAGCGAGGUAGUGUCUGUGAUAUUAGCCCAGUCUCUUGAGGACCUGGUGGACAGUGAGAGUCCGCAGAAUGUACUCAAAUUCAGACUUGUUUGUGACUAUAAUGAUGGCGAAGACAAGAUAUCAUCUUAUCUAUCUGUGACAGUAUAUGUUGAGGACAUAAAUGACCAUGCUCCUCAGUUCAUCAAUGCCCCGUAUCAUGUGACCGUGGAUGAGUUAACACCAACUGGUCUGACUGUCUUCCGUGGAAUCCACGCUAUUGACCAUGAUAAGCCAAAUACUCCAAACUCUGAUAUACAGUAUUCAAUUGUUGAUGGAAACGAUAAAGGAAAGUUUGCCUUGGAGAGCAGUCACCGUGCAGUUUUGGUGCUCAGACAUCCCCUGGACUAUGACGCAGGUGACAGGAAUUUCAUGCUGACACUCAUGGCAUCGGACAGAGGCUCCCCACCAAGGAACUCUACUACAAGUAUGCAAGUGUCAAUCCUCGAUAAUGAUGAUCUCAGCCCGAAGUUCACUCAAGACGUGUACAGAACACAAGUUACUGAAUUCUAUCCCCUCUCUGGUAAGAAAAUACAUCAGGAGUUGAAAUUCAGCCCUCCUAUACAUGCAUAUGACCAGGAUGUAGCAUUAGAUGCACCAGUUCACUACGAUAUAAUAUCUGGCAAUGAUCGCCAUUUGUUUGCUGUGGACAGACACAAUGGCUCAUUGUUUCUGGAGCAGGAAUUGGACUUGGACAAGGAGAGAACACUGCCAGGAAAUAUGUUUGUCCUCCAGCUCCAAGCUUCUCAGGUUGACAAUCCCUUGAAAACAGGGCUUGCCCGGGUUGAAGUGGAGUUACUGGAUCUCAAUGACAAUUUACCCGAGUUUGAGGUGGACCUUUAUAACAUUAGCAUUGUGGAAAAUCUUCCAAAUGGGUUCAGCGUCCUUCAGGUUAUGGCUGCAGAUAAAGACCAGGGAGACAAUGGGGAAUUCACAUACCAACUUGAUGACCCCAGUCAGGCCUUCAUAAUUGAUGCUCGGACAGGGUGGCUGACUGUUAGAGACCAAAGUAUGCUGGACAGAGAAAAGCAGCCUUCUUUAGGAAUGAGAGUCUAUGCAAAGGAGAAGGUUCCUAGUGUAGUGAAGAAGCCAGACAAUAGUAGCUCAGAAGCGUCAGUUACUGUAGAGGUCACAGUGCUUGAUGCAAAUGAUAAUAACCCAAUCUUCAUGCCCAGCAACUUAUAUGAGUUCACUGCAGAAAGUGAUGCUCGCGUUGGGGAUGUUAUUGGGCAGGUAAAAGCUACAGAUCCUGAUCUUGGUCGAAAUGGAAUGGUGUUAUAUGAUCUGCAACGCUCAAGCAAUGGGUCAUCAAGUAUGAGUCCAUUGCCAUUUACUGUGGAUGCCCAGAAUGGUCAGGUGCUUGUUAUUGAUUCCCCUCUGGGUGAGGGACGCCAUGCUUUGUUUAUUGAAGCAUCAGAUCAGCCAGCUAAUCCAAGUGAGAGGAGGUACUCAUUGGCAGUUGUAACCAUUGAUGUGCUGAAAGCAGGAAGCAAAGGCAAAGGUGAUGAAGUGCCAGAUUUUGUUGGUGCCCCUUACGAAUUCUGGGUUGGUGGUAAUGUUGGCGUGGGAACCAGUGUUGGUCAAAUCCGUGUAACAGAUGCUGUUGAAAAAACUCACAUUGGAUUUGACUUGCUUCAUAGUUAUCAUGAUGGUGUUCCCUUUGCUGUGGAGGAGCGAUCAGGAACCAUCACAGUGGUGGAUAACAUUUCCAAGUUUGAACAGCCUUUGUAUGAUUUUGAAGCUGUUGUAACAGAUGGACAAGACCUGACACUGGUAACAAAUGUGUCGAUCCACGUGGUUGAUGAUGAAAGAGUAAUAGGCACCAAGGGACCACCCAUUGAAUUUCGAGUCCGAGAGAAUUUGUCUGGGGCCCUGGUGGGACAGUUGUUGAACCAGAGCAAAGAACAGAAUUCAUCUGAUGUGAGUCGCUGGAAAUCAUUACAUUUUAUUAUUGCAAAUCAACAAGAUGUAACUGACCGAUUUGCAGUAUCACAAGAUGGUACAAUUUAUACCCAACAUGGACUGGAUCGUGAAGAGAGAGACAUCUAUCGACUCACUUUAAUUACCGAAAAUAGUCGAGGAUUGAUACGAGGUGCUGGAGUGUAUCAGGUGAAUGUCAUAGUUGAAGAUGAGAAUGACAAUGCCCCCGUGUUUGAGCGUCCCACUUAUGAGGGUCACGUUGAAGAGAAUUCUCCAGGAGGUACUGAAGUCACACUCAAUCACCUGAUACGUGCUACAGAUGCAGAUGUUGGACAUCAUGCACAAUUCACAUUCACACUUCAUGGAGAAGGCAGUGAAUUGUUCACUGUCGAUCAGGCUUCUGGACGAGUGUUUGUUAAAGGACUGCUACUGGAUCGAGAGGAGAAAGCACUAUAUAUGUUGAGAAUUGUAGCCAGGGACAAGGGUAACUUAAAAUCUGAAGCAAAGCUCUUGAUUCAUAUUGAUGAUUUGAAUGAUAAUCCUCCAAGAUUCUGGCAGAUGGUCGUACUCCAUGAUCAAGAUGUGGAAAUCACACAGUCUGCUGCUUCCACCACCCAAGAACAAUAUAGAAACAUAAGUAUAACCAGUUCAGAUCUCCGCCAUACAGAAUCUGUUAUAACAAUGAAUUUCACAGAACAUCGUAAUUUGCCACCUGUAGUUUCAAUCUUGGAGAACACUCCAGUAGGAACAGCUAUCUUGCGUGUACUUGCAGGUGACAGAGAUGCGGGAAUUAAUUCUACAGUUACUUACAAGUUAACAACAGAGUCACAUUAUCCAACUCAGAGACAUUCUGCCAAAAACUACUUUACAGUUCAAUCACAGAAUGGUGAAGUUUUGGUAGCACGGACUUUACUUCCAGAAACAGACUUCUUCUUGAAUAUAACGGCAACUGAUGGUGGUGGCCUAAUGGAUAAUAUGACAGUCAGAAUUCAUGUGAAGGAUGUUAAUGAUCAUGCUCCAGUCUUCAAAAAAUCAUGGUACAAUUUUGAUUUGGAAGAAGGUUUUCACUCUGGAAGAAUUGUGGGCACUAUCGAAGCAACAGAUGCAGACUAUGGAAAUAAUGCAAAAUUAAUUUAUGGCAUCCUUCAGAAUGAACAAGAUGAUGUGGCAGUGUUUCCCUUUAGAAUAUCUGAAAAUGGCGGGAUUUUGACUGUUACUGGCGAGACAGAUCGUGAAGCUCGUGAUUCAUAUACCUUCCAAGUCACAGCACGAGACAGUGGUCCAGUAAAUAAUCAAAAACGCAGCAUGGUUGAUGUUGAAAUUCAUAUACUGGACGUAAAUGAUAAUGCCCCAACAUUUUAUGACUAUGACAAAGUAAUAGAGAUUCCUUCCCAAAUUCAAGGUAAUGAAACUUAUUAUUACAAUUUUUCUGAAUCAUCUCUGCCCGUACCAGUGUACUAUGCAUCAGUGCCUGAAAAUAGUUCACCAGGUACGGUGGUUACGAAACUCUCUGCAAAUGAUUCUGACUUCCCUGGAAAUGGAAAUGGGCUACUACUGUUCAAUAUCCCUCACCCAAAUCAAAAUGGUGAAAACUUAUUUUCCAUUGACUCCAAGGAUGGCACGGUAAUGACAAUUGGAAAACUAAACUAUGAGGCUCAGAACUUAUAUAACAUAACAGUUGUUGCUUCAGACCUGGGAAACCCUAGCCUAAGCUCUGUAGCACUUCUGAUUGUCAGGCUAAUAGAUGUUCCAGAGGAGGUAGAAGAAUUAAGAGAGCCAAUGUUUGCACACCGUUACUAUGAGGUGGAGGUUGAGGAGAACUCAGUGGUUCCUCUGUCGCUGCUAGUUUUAAAUGUCACAGAAACCUACAAAGUGCAAAGUCUGAAGUAUAGUAUUGUGCCAUCUCCAGGAAGUGAUACAUUUAAAAUAUCAUCAAGCAAUGGUACCUUGUACAUGGUAUGUAGUCCAGACAGAGAAAAACAAGCAAGGUACAGUCUGAAGGUGAGGGCAGAAGUAGCAAAAAGAAGCCGUGGAUUGCCUGUGAUAUUGUACCCAAUGGCUGCAGGAAGACUGGCUGACCUUGCUCCCAAUGAGAUCAGAAUUAUAGUUCGUAUAAAGGAUGUAAAUGAUAAUGCCCCAAGAUUUAUAAUAAAUGGACGUCCAAUUGUAGCAGCCAUACCAACCACAGCCACUUAUGGAUACCAGAUAGUUAGACUACAGGCUACUGAUCCCGAUGAAGGACUCAAUGCAGACAUACGAUACCAGAUCUUGGGAAGGGUAGAUGAUGAGUCCCGCAAGUUUGUCAUUGAUCCCAUCACCGGGCAGGUUCGCAGUAUUGUUAGUUUUGCAUAUGAUGCUGGUCGUGUGUAUGGCUUUGAUGUAAAAGCCACAGAUAGAAGAGGUGCAGAUGAUGGAAAGUCAGCAAUCACAAAUGUCUUUGUGUAUGUACUUGAUGAAGAAAAGCAGCUUGUGAUGGUUAUGGGUUCCAAGCCAACAACAGUUGAAAAAGACAUGGAAAAUAUAACCAAUGCUCUCUACAAUGUGACUGGUCUAGAUGUACGAGUCAGAAAAAUUGAGCCCCAUGUGGAACGAGACUUUGAUGAGGGUAGCGCGACUGACUUAUAUCUUUAUGCUGUUGACCCAAGGAUGAACAUUAUUAUUGAUAUGGACACAUUACAGCAUGUCCUAAAUAAGAAACAGUCUGACAUAAAGCGUUUCUUGGAACAUUAUCGAGUUCUUGAGAUAGCCAGCGGAGCUCCUGUUGUCACUAAGCCACGUAACCAGCGCUACUUACUCUCCUCUCUUGAAGUGGGUGUAGUAGUACUUGGUUGUGUUGUGUUUGUGGGGGCUUUGGCAGCUGCGAUAUGUGUUGGUUGUGUCCGAAGGAGCAAACAGAGACGACAACAGAGGAAUAAAUCCUAUCAAUCUCAAGUGGGUUUCAACAUUAGCAACACAACAAAUCCUGUAAUAAGAACUACUUCAAAGGCUCACCUAUUUCCUGCUUCAUAUGUGGAUGGAAUUGGGUGUGGCGACACAACAGACACAUAUGUUGAUCUACACUCCAACAAGUCAAUGGUUUAUGGUCCACACUUCCAUCAGCAUCAUGAUCCAAGCUGCUCCAGACAGCAUGAACACCAGCGUCAUAGCAGUUCUGUAGGCCAGCAACUACGCCCGGUGCGUUCCAACAGCAAUGUAGCAGCUGCCACAACUGGCCUGGAGGCCUCCAUUACGUCUCUCCAGUCCAGUGGGCAGGAUUCUGGUAUUGGGCGUUGUGUUUGUGGGCAUUCCACCAGUCAUUCAUCUGGUGACAGUAGCAAUGGCAGUUAUGAAGAUUCUCUCAAAUCUCUCCACCAACACGCCAUUAAUGGAGGUCACAUUCGACACACAAGCCUCAUGAGACGGAGUAACGAUGUCUCAACAAGAAGACGACCGCGUCACAACUCCAUCAGUGGAGAUGUGGUGCAUCGAGCACCUGACAUACAGCAGCAACCAAUGAAACAACAGCACAAACCUUUAGUACUCAUGGCCACUACUAAUUCAUCUCUGGUUCGAAAAGCAAGUGAAAGAUCAGUUGUAUGUCCAUUGAUAAAUGAAUGAAAGCUCUCUGAAAUGUGAUGCAUCUAUGGUUUUCAUGAUUUUGUCAUCAUUUUGACUGGAAUUUUCUGUGUUAUUUCCAAUUGCACAUUUCUGUACUACUGAUGGUGGUAAUGAAACCUUAGGUAAAUGAUUACAAUGUCAAAUUAUUUGAAGACCAGUUGCCUCAUUUUCUAUUCACCUUAAAAGUGCCAAAUGUAAAAAAUUUUUACCUUUGAAAAAAAAUGCUAGAUAUACCAACUUGUGAUAUAUACUGGAUAUUUUUCAAGGUACACUGUGAGAGCAUUAUUUCCCUAU